AAGUUCUUGGAGGAGAUAAACGAGCAAGAACCAGCUAAGGUUGUGCAAGAUGAUGAAGAAUUCUUGAUUAAGGGGCUCAUUUCUGUGUACAAGCAUCUUUCAUCCGACAGCGAGAAAGCACUCUCACUUCAAUGUAUCGUUGCCUUGUGCUCACUAAUACGGAACGCCACGAAGUUUCUCAUCAACGAUGAAGACUUGAAUCGUUUCUUGCACGAGUUGACCUCGGACAACAACAAGGCGGGAUAUCAAAAUGAAAGGAUUAAGCUCCUCCUCUUCCUCCUUGUGGACAUUGCGAUGUUUGUUGGGAGCAGUGAAACAGCAAACCCUCCAUCAUACGAUCUUGCGGUUUGUUUCUGCUCCAAUGUGAUAGGAGCCUUCACAAGCAUCCUCGACAUGCUUGACUCGGAGAGUGAGCAGAUUGUGCGAGGAGUGGUCGCCCUUACAGUGAACGUCCUAUACAUCUUGUACACGCAGCAGGAGGGGAAGGAAGCUUCCAUGAGCAUGACGGACUUUAAAGACCAGCUGCUCAACCAUCGCAACGGAUCAUUCUUCGGCGAGACUUUGCUCCAAAUCCUCAACUCGCACGAAGGAGAGAAAAACGAGGCGGAGAGGAUGCUUGUGGCUGUGCAUGUCCUUCUUUUACAAGAAGACAAGAAAGAGAACCAUCAAGGAUCUGUUCGGAGAAUCAUUUUCUUUGACAGCGACCUUCCCAUCCUUCUCACAGUAGCUUUGCGCCUGUUGUCUGAGGAGGACGAUGAGUCGCAACAGACUCUCUUGAUGAAGAUCCUGUUUGACUUGAUGUCCAUGGAGACAAUACAAGGGAACCAGAUGACGUGUAAAGAUAUAUCAUUGACGAUGAACAACUUGUUGGAAUCCUCAAGAGUAAGCAGACUGGUCAAGGACCAAGCAGAAGAGUUUCUCACGGAAUUCAUUCACGUGUUGGAUAGACAAUGA